AUGAGCACGUGGGAUCUUGUCGUUUUGCCACGCGGUGAACGGCAUGUGGCAGAGCAGCAGCGGGGCGUGGGGACAGUGGAACAGGGGGACGAUUCUUUGGACAUCUGCCGCGUGGUGAACGGCAUGUGGCAGAGCAGCAGUGGCGCGUGGGGGCAGGCAGCCCCAGAUGCAGUGGUGACUGCGAUGCUGCAGCAUGCUGACGCCGGGCUGACCACAUUCGACAUGGCCGAUAUAUACGGCCCUGCAGAGAGCUAUUAUGGAGUGAUGAUUGACAGGCUUAGGAGGGAGCGAGGGGAGGAGGCUGCAUUUGGCGUGCAGGGUCUCACCAAGUUCGUCCCACGCCCUGACCGCAUGACCCGUGACGUGGUGGAGGUGGCGAUCAACCGCUCGCGCACGCGCAUGCAAGUGAAGACCAUCGACCUGCUGCAGUUCCACUGGUGGGACUAUGCCAACCCUGGGUACCUGGACGCGUUGAAGCACCUCACAGACCUCAAGGAGGAGGGGAAGAUUAAGGCCAUUGGACUCACCAACUUUGACACCACGCGGCUGCAAGUGAUUCUUGAAAAUGGCAUUCCCAUUGUCAGCAACCAGGUACAGCACAGCCUGGUGGACAUGCGGCCACAGCAGCAAAUGGCUCAGCUCUGUGCUCUUACAGGGGUGCAGCUUAUAACGUACGGCACUGUAAUGGGAGGGCUUCUAUCAGAGAAGUACCUGCACGCCAAGGAGCCCAACAGCAUGUUCGGUCCUCGCCUCGCCACUCCCUCUCUGAACAAGUACAAGCAGAUGGUGGACGCGUGGGGCGGGUGGGCGCUGUUCCAGGAGCUCCUGAGGGAGUGUGAGACAGUGGCAAAGAAGCACGGGGUUACAAUCGCUGCAGUGGCCGUGCGCUCUACUCUCGACCAGCCAUCGGUGGCAGCAUCAAUGGUGGGCGUGAGGCUGGGCCUGCAGCAGCACAUCGCGGACAACAAGGUGAUCUUUGGUUUGAAAUUGGACGAUGAGGAUCGCGCAAGGAUCACCAGUGUUACCAGCAGAGGCCGGGACCUUCUUGCUGUGAUUGGUGACUGCGGGGACGAGUACAGGUAG